ACUACUGUAAUAAUAGGAAAAGAACAAAGCAGCCAGUGCAAGGUGAAAUCAAACAAUUUACAGUGCAUAAAUGGGUAAUUUAGUGAGCAGACAAAACGCUGCUGUCGAGGAAGCAGACCAUAUCACCAAUAAUGCUUACAAAUAUCCGCCUCGUAUUGGCAAUUUCUUCGGCACUCACUUUAUAAUGGGUGGUGAGCGCUUUGACACGCCCCAACCCGAGUCUUAUUUGUUUGGUGAGAAUGCGGACCUUAAUUUUCUAGGCAAUCGACCCACAGCCUUUCCCUAUCCACCGCCGCAAGCUAAUGAGCCAACAAAAACGCUCAAAAGUCUUGUCAACAUACGAAAAGAAUCUGUGCGAUUUGUGCGAGUACCAAAUGACAAGAGGCCAAGCUGUGCUGAUGCUGAUACCUUGCAGGAGAAUGAAAAGAACAAGAACCUUAAGGAAAGCAGCGGAUCAGCAUCCGGUGAACAAAUUGACGGCAAUGUCCUCUGCAACAUGGUUGGAGUCAGUAGCAGUGCAGAGACGGUGCUACCAAACUACUUCUAUAACAUUGAGUUUACAUUCGACUCGGACGCAAAGUGUGCCAUUACCGUGUACUACGUUUGCACGGAAGAUGUGAGUCCCAGUGGCGUCACAUUAGCGCCUCGCGAAGGAUUGUCUCUUUCAUCAGAUACUUACCAUUACGAAAAAGGUAUCAAUCAAUUUUUCUCGCAACCCAACCACGUGUUCAACCCGCAGCUUAUACCUGAGGAUGAUCUUACAUACAAUGCCAGCCGCGAACAAUACCCAGUUGCUAUACAUUGUGUCAUUGAGGAAGGUAACGAGGAAUGUCGUCAGUCGCAUACUACGAUUUGCGUGAUAGACCACCAUCCAGAGACAUGCACUUAUGUGCUGCGCGCGCUUAAGCAGAAAAUUUUUGUAGACGGUCUAUGCUACUUGCUGCAGGAGAUCUACGGCAUUGAGAACAAAGCAGUAAACAAAUCCUCCCUGGAUGAAGAGAUUGAUGACCAUGGAAGUGAGUGCGUCAUUUGCAUGAGCGAAACCCGCGACACACUUAUUUUGCCCUGCCGCCAUCUAUGUCUUUGCAACUCUUGUGCCGACUCUCUGCGUUACCAGGCAAACAACUGCCCUAUCUGCCGAGCACCGUUUCGUGCUCUGUUACAAAUACGAGCUGUGCAAAAAGGCAUCAGCACACACAUGCUGCACCAGAAUACACCAACUUCAGUGGCUGGCGAGCCCACCCCUCCCGAUCUUCCCCCUGGAUACAUACCCGUCUCACUUAUAGAGGCGCUCAAUGGACCACCGCAGUAUGUGACUCGUGCCAGAAAAGGCGACCAUGACGCAAGUGAGAACAUCAUGAUGGCCGCUUCCACGAUGACAAGUGGUGAUAUUAAAGCUACGUCACCACUUAAGUCAAGUAGCCAACGCCGGCCCAAGAUCAAAAAGCAUGCCUCUACGUGCACAACCACCAAUGAGGUGGGUACCCUUACACACACUACUGGGGAUAGUUCCACACUAACAGUGAUGGAAAUUGAAAGCAAUUCCAAGAAGUCCUUGGCUGUCUGUACCUCACCCACUUCCGAGUUAACUCCUACGCUUAAUUUCUCGCUAGAAAAACAGGAGCUGCAUAUUAUUAACGAGCGUCUUAAUUACCAGAAAACCAACGCUGGUGUUCAAGACGACGAUGAGGAUAGCGAGAACGAAAAAUUGUCACCGCUGCUCUCACCAGGGAUGAAGAUCAAAAAUACCUCAAGCAAAUCGCUUAAACUAGUUGUGGAUAGUCUCGGUGACAGCGACGGCGAGGAUAUAGUAAAAAACAUACACGUUACUGAUGCAGCAGUCACCGUUAGCAUUAGUGGUGAAAACAAUGAUUUGCAGGAGUCCAAUUCGGAAAAGAUUUCCUCGUUAAAGCAUAGGACCGAGCCUGCCGAUUGUGAUGCGCCAGCGAGAGAUCCAUGCUUAUUAGUAGCCAACUUUAGUGCCGAGGACUCUGAUUACUAUACACCUGAUGACACCCAAAACACUAUACUUAGUCCAUUGUAUCCAUCCGACCGGGCUAAAAGAGGUGAUCCUUUGAGUUGCAGUUGUGUUGUUUUAAAUCACGACAUGAACGUUCCCAACGCUUCUGCGGUGGGUUAUAGCACCAAGUUAAAAGGGAGUCAAAGUCUACAAAAAAAAUCCACAUCGGCGGGUAACAUUGUUGGACCUAUCAAUGAGGCCACUCCUUGUUGCGGUGUUGAUUUAAAGAGCAAUAAUGUCAGCUCACUUCCGGAUAUGCUCGAUAGUCCAAUUAGCGGCAAUUCGGCUUCUACACGCAGCUCGAGUGACAGCUACUCAUCCAGUUCAUCGACCAAGCAGUUGCUUAGCUCUAACACGACCACAACAGCUGCCAACAUUAUUGUAGAUGACAAGACUUCAGUUCAGAAUGCAGUCAACGUUUGAAGAAAAAUUCGUUAAUACUAUAAAUCUAUACAUAAAAAUUUAUGUGCAUAUAUAAAAAUUAAACCUAUUAUACUGGAUCAUUUAUGUUUAGCACCAAAUGUGAUUAUACAAAUAUUAAUUUCACAUAACUCUAUAAGUCAGCAAGCAGAUGCACAUUUAAGUAAAUCAUUCAAUAGGUAUAUGAUCUUUAAUAUACUAAUACAAGCACCCAUAUUCAUUUCGCUUAACAUAGGAAAGGGUUUGAGUACAAACAAAUCAAAUAUAGUCAAUGUGGUGCACAACUUUUCACAUGCAA